AUGCGACAUCUCUUCAGUAACAGUGCUCCUGAACCGGUGCUACUUGAUGCGGCAGUUGACAUCGUCAGUUUACAGUCACACGGCAGCACUCUGGACCGAUGGAACUUCUGCAGUCCUGAGGAGGAACCUCUGGUCCUCCAACAGUUUCUGAGGUUUGGAGAAACAAGAGCCAUUACGCAACAACUGCUCCUGGCGCAACAGGCCCUUCAGGACCCCACACUGGAGCGCCUGGAGCGUCAACACUCGCAUCACCCACGCCGGGCGAUGUCCCCCAACCAUCGUCCAUCGCAUCCAACUGUUCCGACCUCUGCUUUCCACCCGACUAGACUGCCGACAAUGGCUCCCCAUCAGAAGCACCCGCUCAACUUUAUGAAGUUGCCAACGCCUAACGGGCCAAUUUCUUCCAACUCGCCCCCAAGGAGCAUCAACACCAGCCCUCUGAACUCUUCUCCGCUGAACCGGUUACAGAACAUGCAGCCGUUCGACUACAGGAAACUUGGAGCCGGUAUCGCAGGGUUUCCCACCAGACUCAGUCCUGAUCACCGGAGGAUGCCGGAACAUGAGCCAGUUGGGUUGAACCUGAGCAGAACCACAACGAUGGCCUCUUGCCUGCCCCCGCCUCCACCUCCUGCGUCGCUGAGCCAUUCGGCCGCUGCCAUGGUGGCAGCUUCCGUGAAUUCUUUGGCAGCUGCUAGUCUGGUGGCUUCUUCAUUUCCGAACCUCAUGUCCACCAGGAUGUCCACUGGCAGUAAGUCACCUUCCAGCGCGGACAUUCUCAGCGGAAAUACCAAUAGUGAAGAGGACGAGGACGGUGACGAAAACUCACACAGUGCUUUGAAUCUAAGUAGGGACAGGGAUGCACUGAAGACGCCAAGGCAUUCGCGGAUGCUUCCUGGUAGGAAACCGUCCACGCCGACGAAGAGACAGUGGGGGUCGCCUAGUUUGCCUCUCAACUUGGGGACGCAGUUCAUAAACCCAGCGACGGGGAAGAAACGCGUGCAAUGCAACGUAUGCCUGAAAACAUUUUGUGACAAAGGUGCCCUCAAAAUACAUUUUUCAGCCGUACACCUACGCGAAAUGCACAAAUGUACGGUUGAAGGUUGUAAUAUGAUGUUCAGUUCGAGGAGAUCGCGCAAUCGGCACAGUGCAAAUCCCAAUCCCAAAUUGCACUCUCCCCAUCUCAGAAGGAAAAUAUCGCCGCAUGACGGAAGAAGUUCGCAAUCGCACCCAAUCCUCAUUCCACCUCAACCGGGGUUGUCGCUACCCGCUGCCGCGGCUGCUCUGAACCCUCUGAACCCAUUCGGCCCCUUUCCUCUUCUCACUCCGCCUCCAGACAUGAAGUACCAUUCGCUUGCUUCGAUGGAUUUCAAGCAGUCGCUGGACUUAAGCCUACAGCGAUUGAAAGAAAAUAAGACUUGCUUUCAAGACUACAGCGCUAUGGCUCUCUCCGGCCAACUCCACUCCGAAGAAGACGACGAAGACGACGAUGGAAUCGUGGUAGUGGGUGGUGACGAAGAAGACGAACCAGUGGAUAAAAAGGAGGCGAUGAACGGCAGCUCCUUUCCUGACGAACCCGAAGACUUCAGCAUGCCCAACAAAAAGCAGAAGAGGUCAAUUUCCGACGUAGAGGAAGAUAUCGCGAGUAAUGUGGACAGUAACGAGGAUUCGCUAAGCGUCGUCGAUACCCAUAGCCUCAAAGAUGAACCACAUAUCAUAGUGAAUAAGAGAAAACGGAAAAAUCAGAAUCCAACUAGGUGUGCUAUACCUACAAUGAUGGAAGACGCUGCAAGUGACUGUGAUUCCUCCAAUGACGUGUUUUCCGAGAGAUUGGCAGAACAAGUCAAAAUCGAACACGAAGAUAACCCAGAACAUGCACCUGUGGAGAUCAAAAUGGAGGAACCUGCGGAACAUACGCCAGAAGAUAUAUGUGAUACUCCUCUAGAUUUAGGAAAGAGGAGCCCAGACGUAAAUGCUAAUGAACCGGAGAAAACCUUGAGUACGGAAAUAAAAACUAGUAUAGCUCCUCUAUUCACCAUAGACAAACUGAAGAAGGAAAAGCCGUUCCUUGAAGUUGAAAAUCAAGAAGAGCAGGAAGAACGACCUGCCAGCUCGGUGGAAAGUAAUAAGAGUGACGAGUCUUUCGAUUCGACAAAUCCACUGAGACAACUGGAGAGUCUUUCUCACGGACACUUUGGAGACCUGAUGGCGAGGGGACUGCACUUAGGCUUGGGAACACAGCCUCCGCAGUUUCCCCCCCUAGGUUUUAUGAUUGGAGCAGGACCUCCCAGUCCUGCCCGGUCACAGGCAUCCUCUGCGGGAAGUAGUAAUGACAGAGAGUCCCCUGAUGAAAAUAGUCAGCACCAAUUGUUCGGCCACUUUGACAACGGUCAGUUCAUCAGUACCAUGGAUGUUCCCGUGGACAAGGACAAUCCUAGAAGAUGCACUGCCUGCGGAAAAAUUUUCCAAAAUCAUUUCGGGGUGAAGACGCAUUACCAGAACGUGCACUUGAAGCUUAUGCAUAAAUGUAACGUAGAUGGGUGUAAUGCUGCGUUUCCUUCGAAGAGGAGCAGGGAUAGGCAUAGCGCCAAUUUGAACUUACAUCGAAAACUCUUGUCAACUUCAUCCGAUAAAGGAGUAGGUUUAUUUUUGGAGAAAUCCCCAUUUGCUAGCCUAGCUAAUCCAGCUUUGCACGGAGAUUUCCUCACGAGGUUAUACACUGAAGAAGCUAUGAAAGGUCAUCAUCUGCCACCCCCGAAUCUAGACCAACUGAUGCUUAAUGGCGAUCGAAUACCUCAUCCUCCCUUACUGUUGCCUCCUCUUGGAGGUCUUCCUUUCCCCUUGGGAAACUUCAACCACUUUGGCCAGUUUAAUGGAGCUUCAAUUCCCACCGUGCACAAGGAACGUUCCUCCACUUCCAGUUCACCAGUGUCCGGUUCUCCACCUCCAUCUACCAUAUCUCCUCUUCCCACGAAGUAUAUCCACUGCGUGGAGGAAGACCUUCCCACUCCGGACAAGGAGGGAAACCUUCCCUGUAGGUUGUGCAGAACAGCGUUUUGCAGUACUUCCCAAUUGAAAGAACACUGUGAGAAACAUCACAUAUCAGAGAUGUUCAAGUGCACCGUAAUAGGCUGUCCGAAAGUUUUCGUUUCUCGAACGAGAAGGAACAUUCACUCAGAAAAUGAAUCGCUCCACGCUAAUUCUUCUUCGAAGGAGAGCGACGUAUCGUGACCUUCGAAGCAUUUAGACUUUAGCGCAAUACCUUUGUGGUGGUGAAUUAUGGAGUACUUGAUACAUGUGAUUGUAGAAUAUUUAUUAAUUUUCCUGAAAGCCAGUUUCUGUAUUCCUAUUUAUUACGAGAGAGUCCUGCACCACUUUUUGGGUUAUAUUUUUUUAAUUUUGUAUUAUAUUUAGCCAGUCUUGAAAAUACUCAGAUUGUAAAUAUGAAGUAGCUUUAGUGAUCUCCUCAAGUUGUGAUUUUUUGCAGAUAUGCUAUAAAAGUAAUACAAUGAAUUGCUCAGUUAUAUAAUCGAAUCCGUUCAAUAUAGAAAAUCUGCAGCAAUGAAUGACUGUGUCUACCAAAAUAUACUCCAGUUUCCUCUCUGUCAAGUUGAAAUACAUGUUGCUUGAAUCGUAACUGAAAUCGUUAUAUAACAGUUGUUGUCUCCAUUAUAUCCUCUAUCAGUGAUGAAAGUUAGUAAUCUCAAAAAUGUAUAUUUAAUGUGCAAUAACUUUGUAAAUACGCUCUAUCGCUUGUAAAUGUAUAGAUGUAUAUAUACCAACUAUGUUAAAAUUAAUAUUGAAUUGUUCAUCGUGGUUUUCGAAAAGCCUGAAUGUAUACGAGAAAGUCCUGUAACGCAUUACAACCGUGUUUAUUUUGUACUGCAGAUCCGAGACAGUGUCUGAAAGUACAGUACAGCAUAGUUGAAAUUAAGCCCGAUUUUAAUUUAUUUCCAUCCCGAGCACUUCUCUAAUGUAAAUUUGUUAUUGCAUAUUCAAGACCCUUGUGUACAGUUGAAAAACAUGUAUUGCCUUUGGGCUCAUUAAAACCUUAUAGCUGUCGUAA